AGCAGCCGGGCGGCACGAGCCCCUGGAACAUCAUGAUCAAGCACCGGCAGGUGCAGCGGCGCGGCCGGCGCUCCCAGAUGACCACCAGCUUCACUGACCCGGUCGUGUCUAUGGACCUGCUGCGAGCCGUGCUGCAGCCCAGCAUCAAUGAGGAGAUCCGGGGUGUCUUCAAUAAGUACAUGAAGUUUUUCCAGAAGGCAGCACUCAAUGUGCGUGACAACGUUGGGGAGGAGGUGGACCCAGAGCAGCUCAUCCAGGAGACGUGUCGGAGCUGCCUGGAGCAGGCCAAGCUGCUGUUCUCAGAUGGCAAAAAGGUUGUGUCCAGGUUACCCCAUGAGCAGAUGGGACCAAAGAGAAAAGGACGGCCUCCAGGACAGAGCCUGUCGAACGAUCGUGGGGUCUCAGGCAUGUCUGCGUGGAAGCUCAAAGUCUCUGAGCCUGUGAGAAGGGAUGGACCAAAGUGGGAUCCAUCCCGACUGACUGACACCACAACCUUUGUGCUGGGAUCUCGAGCAAACAAAGCUCUCGGGAUGGGAGGAACAAGAGGGCGACUCUACAUCAAGCAUCCCCACCUCUUUAAGUACGCAGCCGACCCGCAGGAUAAGCAAUGGCUGGCAGAGCAGCAGCACAUGAGGGCCACUGGGGGCAAGAUGGCCUACCUCCUGCUGGAAGAGGACAUCCGCGACUUGGCGGCCACUGACGACUACAGGGACUCUGUGGACCUGCGGCUGGAGGAGCUGAAGCCCUUCGUCCCACCUGCCUGGAUGACGGAGAAGAUGCAGAAGUACAUGGAGACACUUCGUAAUGGGGGGGACCUACCGCCGCCUCCUGAGAUCCCCCCCGAGGCCCCUCCUGAGGGUCCUCCCGAAGGCCAUCCCGAGCCCUCUGACCCGCCCCCGGCCCCGCAAUAAAAGCCGCUGCUUCGCA